AUGGAUUGUGUAAGAUUUUGUUCUCCUCUUGCUGCCCAUGACUGUGCUUUUUGUCUUGCUGCUGAUGAGACUCACAACCAUCUUUUCUUUGAGUGUGUUUAUACCUCUGGCAUUUGGACUCACAGUUUGUCUAAAUGUGAUGUGAGUAAUCCUCUCCUCUCUUUGCAGCAUUUCAUUCCUUGGGCUGCUGCUAACUGGAAGGGUAAAUCUUUAUCUGUUGCAAUAAAAAAGUUUGCAUUGCAAGCUGCAGUUUAUGCUAUCUGGUGCGAGAGAAAUAACCGCAAGUUCCGUAACGAAAGCCUCCCUUCUGCUGUUGUGUUCAAGGCAAUUGUGGAGUCCAUGCAGUUAUGCUUAUUGUCUUGGAAGAUCCCUCCUUCUCCUUCUAACAGUUAUAUUAUUCAUGAGUGGAGACUCCCUUCUUAA